AUGAACAGCCCGCCGGUGAACUCGCUUGGCACGAGCUUGGUGACCUCGUUCAAGCAGGAGUUCCCGAAACUCGUCCAAGAUCCAAAGGCCCGGCUGGGUUUGCAGUGGAUGAUGGGCUUGUCGCCGAAGAUUCAGACGCGAGGUUUGCCACUCCAACAGAUGCAUUUGGGUGCCCCGUCAAGCGAUGAAGCUAUCCUCUUUGUGUGGGAUCGCACCGGCUGGCAUGUAGCUAGGCGAGUGGCGAAGAUUGCGAAACGUCUAGGGAACAAUUGCGUGCCUUCAACCACUAGGUUUGCCAUGAUGGUGGCAAUGGGUGAGGCCGAGAUGAGGAAGAACAACCCCGUGGCGGCCCUGAGCGAGAUGAUGGACACGAUCGAUGCCUCGCCCAAGACGGUGGUAGCAGCGCUCAACGGUCCAGCUUUGGGUGGUGGCUGCGAGGUCAGCUGCAAAGUGUUCCAUUGUGCUUUCGAAUCCUCGGCACCGUGUCAAGCUCUGGGCCACCGGGUAAAGCGGAAAGAGGGUAGACGUCUUACAAACAAACGGCGCGCGAGGUGA